GAAAAUCCAGAACGCAAGUCAACCCACACUUUUAUGUGUUUAUGCAGGCCAAUCAACUUCAAUCACAGACAUCUGUGGCAUCCUGUAGGCCCAACAACAAGUGCAUUGUGGCAACGUGACUAUCAAUUUCCUGAAGCUAGUGAUCAAAUUGGGGGAGAAAUGAUUGUAAUUUCUCUCAAGAAGACAGAUUCGGUGAGAAAACCAAGGGUGAGUCUGCAUGUGGGCCCUGAUCGCCUUGAUGGGCACAUCAACAUGAGCACAGCAGCCACCUACAGACCAGGCAGCCACCUACAGACCAGGCAGCCACCUACAGACCAGGCAGCCACCUACAGACCAGGCAGCCACCUACAGACCAGGCAGCCACCUACAGACCAGGCAGCCACCUACAGACCAGGCAGCCAAGGGACCAUGGAAGAUCCGGACACCCAGGAGGGUCCGCAGGUGACCCAGUCCACCAUCCUCUACCUCAUCCAAGAAGCCACCAAGUUAGCAACUCCCACCCCACUCCACAACCACUCCAUAGACUUAAAGCCUAGUACACCUGUAUCAAAUGAAGGGUCUAAAAAGGAUCAAGUGUCUGAUCAUAGGCCUUAUCCUCCUCAGCACAAUUCCUCUCUUACGAGCCUUCAUAACCAGCGAAAAGAUGACUUAAAACAACAUAGGAGCCAUACAAACUCAGUCCUGCCCAGCCGUCAUAGUAGCAGCAGUCCAUGGGAGUUGAUGAGUCUGAUCAACAUGCAGUGUGAGAGACUCCUCCAUUCAGACGACCAAGAGGAGGGGGCCUCAGCUAGGGCUCAGUUGGUUCCUAUAGACUCUGACGAUCAUCCUACUGAAGGUGUGGGGUGCAGUAAGAACACAGUCCCUGUCUGCCCCACUCUAGUCAGUACCAGGGGGGAUUUUCCCCAUCCUCAUGACAGGUCCAGGGGAGAGAUUGGUGAGAUGGGUGGAGGUGGUGAUUGCUCACCCACAAGUCCAGGUACCAAUUCUCAGACAUCACCGGAUGUCAAUGGCAGCUACAACACUAAACCUGGUGUGGGAGAUUCAGAAUCUGAGGUUGUGAUGAACAAAGACACAGGAGUCACGUUUUGUCUUGGCGGUGAUGGAUUGUCUGUGAGUGAAGAAAGCAGAAAGGUCCUCUGUGCCUUAGUCAAAGAAGACAACACACAGAAGGAGGCCCGUCCUGAGGCAAAAUACAAAGUAUCAGUUAAACAUCCAUCUGUAUCAUAUAUAAACCUAUUUGGUCAACCGCUUGACCACAAAGUAGCUACAAUUAAGGAUGCAGCAAGUCUAUCAUCUCCCUCCAUAGACACCAUGACAUGCAUACAUCCAGGCCCAGAAGAGCUGAACCUUGACAUGACCGUGGACUUCAACUCAAACAUAUGUUUCACCUUUGACCCCAAGGAAGACAUGCCACCACCCCCAAACUCCCCUCGUACUAUGUUGCUCAUAUUGAACAGUGAAGCAGGGUCUGUGAGUGUGAACGCAAAGUCAGUUCAAGAUGCCAUUUUUCCAGGCAGCAAAGCAGAGCUCAAUGAACUCUGCAUGGAAGAGGACACAGACAUAAUACAAGAUGCCAGUCUUAUUACAGACUAUCCAUUGGACCUCACCCAAAGCUGCAUGGACAUGGAGGAUGACAUGGACACUCUCCCCCCAGCCCCCCAGUCUCCCUCUCCAUCUAACCCCAUGUGGAGGACCACCAAGGCCCCGAGGAAGCAGCCCAAUCCCAGCCGGAGUGUGGAUGUUGGGGACCCAGACUUCCAGGGAGUGACGUUCCGGAUGCAGACAGAGCUGGACGACAGCAGGGAGCAAUAUCGCCUUCUCAUCACCUCCAGGAAGUACAGUGAAGAGCCCUCUAGUGGUCCGACCCGGAGGUCACCGAGGGCAGGCAGGUCCCGUUCAUCCCAGAGUUCCAUGAGGACCAGCAGCUCUGAAGAGAGCGACCCCUCCUCCAAGAAUAAGAUCUGUGCCUCCUGCUGCACCAGGAAGACACCCCUGUGGAGAGAUGCUGAGGACGGGACCCCGUUGUGUAACGCCUGUGGAAUAAGGUAUAAGAAGUACAAGGUACGCUGCCUGCAGUGUUGGCACAUCCCUAGGAAGGAGGGAAACUCCAACUCACGCUGCUUCAAAUGUGGAAACUUACUACGGCUGGCUACGUCCCACCGCAAGCACUCCACCUGAUAGGGGAAGGGAACACACUUAGGCCUUGGCAUGAGGUCCUAGACACUGAUACCACAGCCAAUCCCCCUCCAGGUACAAGGUCAUUGGCCCCACCUCCUGACUUUGAGACUCAUUAAGUUAUUUGAUAAUUAUUACAUGACAUCAUUUCAUAGUGGGUCACAGUGUUGUUUGGCUGAGCCAUGGUGGGUCACAGUGUUGGCUGAGCCAUAGUGGGUCACAGUGUUGUUUGGCUGAGCCAUGGUGGGUCACAGUGUUGGCUGAGCCAUAGUGGGUCACAGUGUUGGCUGAGCCAUGGUGGGUCACAGUGUUGGCUGAGCCAUGGUGGGUCACAGUCUGACUGAUCUGGCUCGGGUCUUGCUGCUUUUAGCACUGUGGCGUGCACUCGUCACUUUAGGAAGAAGGAGUCCAAUAGGAGAAGAGUGUCUUUCUGCUUGGAGGCUGUGUCUAUUGACAGUAGACUGUCUGUGUCCGAAACAACUCAGACAAAAGUAAUGCACUAUACAGGGAAUUGGGAAUCUCUGGCCAACAGUAGUGCAUUUUAGGGACUAAGGACCCAUGGCUCUGGCCAAAGACGGUGCACUGCUAUACUGGGAAUAGGUAGCCAUUUUGGAUUGUUUACUCUCCUUGUUUACUAGACCUUGGUGCUAUCCAGUUUAUAUGUUACAUUAAGGUAAAUGAAGUUGUGAUAUAUUAUCUGUUGUUCUUGUUGAGUUUGUAUAUAUAUUUUUCUUUUCCUUUUCUUGUUGUUUCUGGAUAGCCCUUAGCAUUAACUGGCUGGAUUAGGGAUGAAGCAGUUCCAUAUAUUUACUGUUUCCUGUCAGAAAGAAACGUUUGUGUUAGUGUGCUACACUUUUGGGUUUGGUGUGCAUAAAGUUCUUGUUAAAAUA